CUGUUUGCUGCAAAAGAGAUGGUAAUGUCAGCAGUAGCAUCAAUGGAGGGAAGGCAUUGGCUGGGCAUUGGUUGCCUGUGUUCUCCCAAACAGCCCAGAAUUCCAUCCUCUUGCAGCUUCAAGCUGGGGCUGCCGAUGGGUCAUGGUUUAUUGUGGAAUUCAUUUCCACUCAAAAGUAGCCCAAGUUCUGAUCCUUCCUCUCGAGGGCCAUUUUUUCUUUGGAAAGGCCUUGCGCACAUGCCAAAGGAAAUGGGAAUUCAAAUUGUGUCGCCAAACACGUCAUCACCAGGCAGGACAGUGGAGUUUCUUGAUGCUUGGGAUGAUGAAUAUGAAGGCAUCGUUGUCAAUCCACAAAGCUUACCUUCCAGCUCAAAUGCUUUCGCACCGGCCCUUGGGGCUUCCAUGUCAAGCUGGAAGUCAAAGGGUAAGAAGGGGAUAUGGCUGAAGAUACUAGAAGGGCAAGCUGACCUUGUUCCUAUUGCCAUUCAGGAGGGUUUUGAGUAUCACCACGCCGAACCCGGAUACGUCAUGCUGACUCACUGGAUCCCCAGAGAGCCUUGUAUGCUUCCUGCAAGCCCCUCGCACCUAAUAGGUGUCGCAGGAUUUGUGAUCAAUGACGGAGGAGAGGUGCUUGUUGUAAAAGAAAAAUGUGCCUGUAAUUGCAAUGGCGUGUGGAAGUUACCCACAGGAUAUAUUAACAAGUCUGAAGACAUAUUCUCAGGAGCUGUAAGAGAAGUCAAAGAAGAAACUGGUAUCGAUACGGUUUUUUUGGAAAUGGUUGCCUUCAGGCAUGCCCAUUUGGUGGCAUUUGAGAAGUCAGACUUACUCUUUGUGUGCAUGCUUAAGCCAUUGUCCUUCGAAAUUACAAUCGAUGACAAAGAAAUUCAAGCUGCUAAGUGGAUAGCUGUGGAUGAAAUUUUAGGGCAACCAUUUUACAACGAAGACCACAUGUCCAAAAGGGUCAUUGACAUUUGUGUUGCGGCUUACGAAGAACGAUAUAGAGGAUUCAUUGCUCAUCAGUUGCCUUCAAAAAUUGAUGGAAAACUAUCUAUAUUAUAUUGUGAUGAUUUUGAUAAAAUUUCAAAACGAUUUAAAUGAAAUUUUCUUU